GGCUGGAGCCGGAGCCGGAGCCGGGCUGGGCUGGGCUGGGCUGGGUACGGCGGAGCGCUCCCGCGGAGGGCACGGCAGCAGCGCAGCCCCUUCCCAGCCCGGCCACCGCGGAAGGGAGCGCGGCCACCCGCCCUGCCUGUCAUCCCCCCGCCCCGGCCAUGGGGUCGGGCCGGAGAGACGGUACCUGUGCGGGGAGGUGAGCGGAGCCCCGGCGCCUUCCUCCCACCCCCGGGCAGCCACAGCGGCGGGGAAGAGGAGGGGGUGGAGGAAGGGAAAGGGAUUUUAUUUUCUUCUUCUUCUUCUUUAUUUUUUAUUUUUUUUCAAAUAUAUCUAUAUAUUUUGCUGCGAUCAAUCCCGAUCCCGCAACUGAAGCCCCCGGAGGGAGAAGUGCUGCACGCUGUGAUGCGUCUUCCUCUCGCCUCGGCUGCCAGUUUGGAUUGUAGCGCCCGGCUCCGUGCACUGAGAGAAUGGCUCGGUUUGGGGAUGAUCUGCCAACCCGCUAUGGAGGUGGAGGGCCAGCCGGGACUGGAAGAGGGAGCAGCCGGCAAGGUGGCCCCCAAGCCGGCCAAAGGAUGUAUAAGCAGUCGAUGGCUCAGAGGGCCAGGACUAUGGCUCUCUACAACCCCAUCCCUGUCAAACAGAACUGCUUCACAGUCAACAGAUCCCUCUUCAUCUUCAGUGAAGAUAAUGUUAUACGGAAAUACGCCAAGAGAAUAACAGAAUGGCCUCCAUUUGAAUACAUGAUUUUAGCUACAAUCAUAGCCAAUUGUAUUGUGCUGGCUCUGGAACAACAUUUGCCGGAUGGAGACAAAACACCUAUGUCAGAGAGAUUGGAUGACACUGAGCCGUACUUUAUUGGAAUAUUUUGUUUUGAAGCUGGUAUAAAAAUCAUCGCUCUGGGGUUUGUUUUUCAUAAAGGCUCUUACCUCCGAAAUGGUUGGAACGUGAUGGAUUUUGUUGUGGUCCUCACAGGGAUUCUAGCAACUGCUGGGACUGAUUUUGACCUGCGGACCCUGCGAGCUGUCCGAGUGUUACGACCCCUGAAGCUGGUAUCAGGAAUCCCAAGCUUGCAGGUUGUCCUCAAGUCCAUCAUGAAGGCGAUGGUGCCCUUGCUUCAGAUUGGGCUGCUCCUCUUCUUCGCCAUCGUGAUGUUUGCCAUCAUCGGGCUGGAGUUUUACAUGGGGAAGUUUCAUAAAACCUGCUUCUCUAAUGAGACAGGUGAUGAGGUGGGAGAUUUUCCUUGCGGAGAGGAGCCCCCGGCCAGGCAGUGUGAGAGUGGGACCACCUGCAGGGAGUACUGGCAAGGGCCCAACUACGGCAUCACCAACUUUGACAACAUCCUCUUUGCUGUGCUCACCGUCUUCCAGUGCAUCACUAUGGAGGGAUGGACAGACAUCCUCUACAAUACAAACGAUGCUGCAGGAAAUACCUGGAACUGGCUUUACUUCAUCCCUCUCAUCAUCAUUGGCUCUUUCUUCAUGCUCAACUUGGUGCUGGGCGUCUUAUCAGGUGAAUUUGCCAAAGAACGAGAGAGGGUAGAAAAUCGUCGAGCUUUCCUGAAACUCCGUAGGCAGCAGCAAAUUGAACGGGAGCUAAAUGGAUACUUGGAGUGGAUCUUCAAAGCAGAGGAGGUCAUGCUGGCAGAGGAAGACAAGAAUGCAGAAGAGAAAUCUCCUCUGGACGGGAGGGCCGCCUCGGAAGGGCCGAUUCAACAAGGCACGGCACCGGCAGAGACUAGCAGCGGCAGCAGCUACAACAUGUUGAAAAGAGCUGCAAUAAAGAAGAGCAAAAAUGACCUGAUUCAUGCUGAAGAAGGUGAGGACCAUUUCACAGACAUUUGCUCCGUUGGGUCUCCUUUUGCCCGUGCCAGUUUGAAGAGUGGGAAGAACGAGAGCUCGUCCUACUUCAGGAGGAAAGAGAAAAUGUUCCGGUUCUUCAUUCGGCGCAUGGUGAAAGCUCAGAGCUUCUACUGGAUCGUCCUCUGCGUGGUCGCCCUCAACACGCUCUGCGUUGCGAUGGUGCACUACGACCAGCCGGAGAAGCUCACCACUGCGCUGUAUUUUGCAGAGUUUGUUUUUCUGGGUCUGUUCCUUACUGAGAUGUCUUUGAAGAUGUAUGGGCUGGGGCCAAGAAAUUACUUCCACUCUUCAUUCAACUGCUUUGACUUUGGGGUCAUCGUGGGAAGUAUAUUUGAAGUCAUUUGGGCUGCAGUGAAACCAGGUACCUCAUUUGGCAUCAGCGUAUUGAGAGCACUUCGACUGCUGAGGAUUUUCAAAGUAACAAAGUACUGGAAUUCCCUGAGGAAUCUGGUGGUCUCCUUGCUGAACUCCAUGAAGUCCAUCAUCAGUUUGCUCUUCCUCCUGUUCCUGUUCAUUGUGGUGUUUGCUUUGCUGGGGAUGCAGCUCUUUGGAGGACAAUUCAAUUUCCAAGAUGAAACACCAACCACAAAUUUCGAUACCUUUCCUGCCGCUAUCCUCACAGUAUUCCAGAUCCUGACAGGGGAAGACUGGAACGCGGUGAUGUACCAUGGGAUAGAGUCACAGGGUGGCGUACGCUCGGGGAUGUUCUCCUCCAUUUACUUCAUCGUCCUGACGCUGUUUGGUAACUAUACACUCCUGAAUGUCUUCUUGGCUAUUGCUGUUGACAAUCUGGCAAAUGCCCAAGAGCUCACCAAGGAUGAGGAGGAGAUGGAGGAAGCCACCAAUCAAAAGCUCGCCCUGCAAAAGGCCAAGGAAGUGGCAGAAGUCAGCCCCAUGUCUGCAGCUAACAUUUCCAUAGCCGCUUUUGUAAAGCAAACUCGAGGUACUGUAUCUCGCAGCUCGUCAGUCUCCAGCGUAAAUUCACCCAAGCAGCAGAACUCCUCCAAAUCCAAGUCUGUUUGGGAGCAGAGGACCAGCCAGAUCCGGAUGCACAAUUUCCGAGCCAGCUGCGAGGCUCUGUACAAUGAGCUGGAUCCGGAGGAGCGGGUGCGUUACGCUACCACCCUUCACAUCAGGCCGGACAUGAAGACUCAUUUGGAUCGGCCGCUGGUGGUAGAGCCGAGGGGCGAAGGGAGGAACAGCAUCAGCAAGCUGAGCCCUGUGGACGUGCAGGAGGUGGAGCCGACCAAAGUCAGCUCUACUGAUGGGGCAGAAGCUCCACGAAAGCACCACCGGCAUCGGGAAAAGGACAAACUGGGAGAGCAAGAGAAGGGUGAUGUGACUAAGGAUGAGAACGGGGAAUCUGGUGCCAACAAUAAGGAGGAACGGCACAGGCAGCACAGGAGCCGCAGCAAAGAGGUGGAAGGGGGGAGUAAGGAAGGAAAAAGCGAUCGCAACAGGUGUCAGGAGGGGGGAAAGAGGCACCAUCGCCGAGGGUCAGUGGAAGAAGGUACCGAGAAGGAGCACCGUAGGCAUCGGACUCACCGGCACUCUGCCGAGCGGCAAGGCAAGGAAGGCAAUGGGACAAUCAAUGGGGCCAGGAGCGAGCGGCGUUCCCGACACCGGGGAGGGUCAAGGUCUGGGAACCGGGAAGGAGAGCCCGGGUCCAAGGGCGAGAGUGGAGAGGAGCCUCACAGACGGCACCGGUUCAGGAACAGGGCGCUGUCGACGUACGAUUCGGUGGAGAAGGAGAAUGGGGAGAAGGAGGGGGAGGCUGGCGAGAAGGAGCACCGGAAUCAUCAGCCCAAGGAGAACCAGUGUGAGAUUGAGGCUAGUGGAAGCGUGAGUGUCCCUGUGCACACCCUUCCCAGCACCUAUCUGCAGAAGGUGCCGGAGCAGCCAGAAGAUGCUGACAACCAGAAGAACGUGACGCGGAUGAUUCAGCCACCUCUGGACAAAACCACCACUGUGAACAUCCCUGUCACUAUCACCGCCCCGCCGGGGGAAACCACGGUCAUACCAAUGAACAACGUUGAAUUUGAAAGUAAAACAGAGGAGAAGAAAGAUGUCGAUGACUUGACGAAAAAUGGGCCUAAACCAAUCUUGCCUUACAGUUCCAUGUUUAUCCUAAGUCCUACAAAUCCGAUUCGGCGUCUGUUCCACUACAUCGUCAACCUGCGCUAUUUCGAGAUGGUCAUCCUCAUAGUUAUAGCCCUCAGCAGCAUUGCCCUGGCUGCAGAAGACCCUGUCCAAGCCGAGUCACCGAGGAACGAUGCUCUGAAAUACUUGGAUUAUAUAUUUACGGGUGUCUUUACCUUUGAGAUGGUGAUCAAGAUGAUUGACUUGGGGCUGUUGCUCCACCCUGGCUCCUACUUCCGUGACCUGUGGAAUAUCCUGGACUUCAUUGUGGUCAGUGGGGCCUUGGUGGCAUUUGCCUUCUCGAGUUUCAUGGGAGGAACCAAAGGCAAGGACAUCAACACAAUCAAGUCGCUGCGAGUUCUGCGGGUCCUAAGACCACUGAAGACCAUUAAACGGCUGCCAAAACUAAAGGCUGUCUUUGACUGCGUGGUGAAUUCCCUGAAGAACGUCCUCAAUAUCCUCAUAGUUUACAUGCUCUUCAUGUUCAUUUUUGCCGUUAUUGCUGUGCAGCUCUUCAAAGGCAGAUUCUUCUACUGCACGGAUGAGUCGAAGGAGCUGGAGAAGGACUGCAGGGGUCAGUACCUCGAUUAUGAAAAAAAUGAGGUGGAGGCGCAGCCCCGGGAAUGGAAGAAAUACGAGUUCCACUAUGACAACGUGCUCUGGGCUCUGCUCACGCUUUUCACCGUCUCCACAGGCGAAGGGUGGCCAACUGUGCUGAAGCACUCGGUGGAUGCUACCUAUGAGGAACAGGGGCCCAGCCCUGGCUACAGAAUGGAAAUGUCUAUCUUUUACGUUGUGUAUUUCGUUGUCUUCCCUUUUUUCUUUGUGAACAUCUUUGUGGCGUUAAUCAUCAUCACCUUCCAAGAGCAAGGAGAUAAAGUGAUGUCAGAGUGCAGCCUCGAGAAAAACGAGAGGGCCUGCAUAGACUUCGCUAUAAGUGCCAAGCCACUGACCCGCUACAUGCCUCAGAACAAGCAAUCUUUUCAGUACAAGAUGUGGAAAUUUGUGGUGUCCCCUCCCUUUGAGUAUUUUAUCAUGGUCAUGAUUGCACUCAAUACCAUUGUUCUAAUGAUGAAGUUCUAUGAUGCUCCAGAAGCAUAUGAAGAAAUGUUGAAAUGCCUGAAUAUUGUGUUUACAUCCAUGUUUUCAAUGGAAUGUGUGCUGAAGAUCAUUGCCUUUGGUGUGCUGAAUUAUUUCCGAGAUGCCUGGAAUGUCUUUGAUUUUGUAACAGUGUUGGGAAGUAUUACUGAUAUUUUAGUAACAGAGAUUGCGGACACGGACAACUUCAUCAACCUCAGCUUCCUGCGGCUCUUCAGGGCAGCGAGACUUAUCAAGCUCCUUCGCCAGGGUUACACUAUCCGCAUCUUGCUCUGGACAUUUGUGCAGUCUUUUAAGGCCUUGCCUUACGUGUGUCUCCUCAUUGCAAUGCUCUUCUUCAUCUAUGCCAUUAUUGGCAUGCAGGUAUUUGGAAACAUUGCACUAGAUGAUGAAACCUCCAUUAAUCGGCACAAUAACUUCCGUACCUUUCUCCAGGCCCUGAUGCUUCUGUUCAGGAGUGCCACGGGGGAAGCCUGGCACGAGAUCAUGCUGUCAUGCCUGAGCAACAGAGCCUGUGACCCGCUCUCCGGCCUCACCAAAAACGAAUGUGGCAGCGAUUUUGCCUAUUUCUACUUCGUGUCAUUCAUCUUCCUGUGCUCCUUCCUGAUGUUAAACCUGUUUGUGGCUGUGAUUAUGGACAAUUUUGAAUACCUGACAAGAGACUCCUCCAUCCUUGGGCCCCAUCAUUUGGACGAGUUUGUUCGUGUCUGGGCUGAAUAUGACCCAGCUGCCUGCGGGCGCAUCAGUUACACAGACAUGUAUGAGAUGCUGAGACACAUGUCCCCACCUCUAGGCCUUGGAAAGAAAUGCCCUGCUCGCAUUGCCUAUAAGCGCCUGGUGCGGAUGAACAUGCCGAUCUCGCCUGAAGAUUUAACCGUCCACUUCACAUCCACACUGAUGGCCUUGAUCCGCACUGCCCUAGAAAUCAAACUCGCCUCAGGGGGUGUUAAACAGCACCAGUGUGAUGCUGAGUUGAGAAAGGAGAUCUCGCUGGUUUGGCCCAACCUGUCCCAGAAGACUCUGGAUUUGCUGGUGCCUCCUCACAAACCUGAUGAGAUGACUGUGGGGAAGGUCUACGCAGCACUGAUGAUAUUUGACUUCUACAAGCAGAAUAAGAACAGCAGGGAACAAGUUCACCAGCCUCCCGGAGGCCUGUGCCAGCCCGGACCGGUGUCACUCUUCCACCCUCUGAAGGCCACUUUGGAGCAAACCCAGCCCACAGCAUUCAACAACGCCAAGGCGUUCCUUCGCCAGAAAAGCUCAGCCUCACUCAACAACGGGGGCGCGUUGCCAGCACCAGAGGGUGGGAUCAAAGAGUCCAGUUCUUGGGGGACCCAACGCACCCAGGAUGUGUUUUAUGAAACCAGGACACCAGCUUUUGAACGAGGCCACUCAGAAGAAAUCCCCAUUGAACGGGUAGUAGAAAUGAGGGAAAUCAGCCCUACACUUGCCAACGGAGAGCACCAACCAGGCCUGGAGAGCCAGGGGCGGGCAGCUUCCAUGCCACGCCUGGCAGCCGAAACUCAGAGGAGCAAAGCACGGUCACCUGGGAGUUACCUAGCACCCAUCCCGGACACGAGCCCCAUGAAGCGCUCCGUCUCCACGCUGACCCCGCAGCGCCCUCACCCCAUGCACCUCUACGAAUACUCCCUGGAGCGCAUGCCGCCGGAGCAAGGGCAUCACCACCACCACCACCGCUGCCACCGGCGGAAAGAGAAGAAGCAGAAGUCCUUGGACAGGUCCCCCCAUCAGCUGGCCGAUGGAGAAGCUGUGGCCCAGUCUGGUGAGUCUUCUUCCAAGGACAAGAAGCAGGAACGCGGCCGGUCCCAAGAGAGGAAGCAGCACUCUUCCUCCUCCUCUGAAAAGCAGCGCUUCUACUCCUGCGACCGCUACGGCAGCCGGGACCGUUCCCAGCCCAAGUCUGCUGAUCGGAGCAGGCCCACCUCACCCAACGGAGGGCCAGAGCAAGGUCCACACAGACAGGGCAGUGGUUCAGUUAAUGGGAGCCCCUUGCUGUCGACAUCUGGUGCUAGUACCCCAUGCCGGGGUCGGAGGCAGCUCCCACAGACUCCCCUGACCCCACGUCCCAGCAUCACUUACAAGACCGCUAACUCCUCGCCCGUGCACUUCACCAGUUUCCAAACCUGCCUGCCCACUUUCUCCCCGGGACGCCUGAGCCGCGGCUUGUCUGAGCACAACGCGCUGCUGCGCGGGGGCCAGCAGCCGCCCCCCCCGCCCGUGGCCCGCAUCGGCUCCGACCCUUACCUGGGCCACCGCGACGAGGCCGACAGCCCCGACCGCGCCGUGCCGGGGGACACGCUCACCUUCGAGGAGGCGGCGGCCACCAACUCGGGACGGUCCUCAAGGACUUCUUACGUCUCCUCCUUGACCUCCCAGUCUCACCAGAUCCGCAGGGUGCCCAACGGCUACCACUACACGCUGGGUCUCAACACGGGCCCUGGGACUGGCACCAGAGGACGUAGCUACUACCACGAGGCCGAUGAGGACGACUGGUGCUAGCGGCAUGGCAAGACCCUUCAAGGUGUGCGCGUUUAAAAUCGAUGAGUUUUAUCAUCUGGAAGGCUGUGCGCUCCGACGCAUGGGGUGCCCGGGGCCGGAGGGGGCCCACGGGGCAGCCCCCCGCCACGAGGACUGCUCUGCCCCUGGGGCCGGAGACACUCCUGCAGCCUCUCUCCUCUCAUUUUUUUUUUUCUUUUCUUUUUUUUUUUCUUUUUUUUUUUUUUUUUUUAAAAUUCACUAGACAAAUCGAGGAAGAAGGCUCCCUCCUUAGGAGGACGGCAGCGGGGGGAGCGCAUCUCUCUUGCCCGCCUCCCUACUGCCUUGUCUAGUUCAAAGACACGCACCCGAUGCCAAAUCCGCGACGCACGCGAGAAGCCGAGAGAAGAGCAGUCCUCACCUUCGACGGCGGAAAAAGCAGACUGUCGAUCCUUUUCGAGAUUAGCGCAGUUUUUGUUGGGCUAUUUCUUAAUUAAUUUAUUAUUAUAUUUUUUCCCCAGUCAGGGCGGGAGUCGGGGCUUGCAAACGGACACACAUGAACAAAGACCACAUCCGCGUUUUAAUCUCGUUCGCCGCUAAGGAGGAAGAGAUCUACCCAAGAAACUGGGAGAGGAGAAACACAGACCAGAACAAAGGACAGUCCACUGGGACUUGAUGUUCAGCCACAGGAAUCCUUUUCGGCCGAGCCAGUGGCACACCCCGAGCCGACCGAGCGCUCCAGCAGCCGGGACUCUGCUCUGGCACCGCUGCCGUGUGGAUCUCUUUUAAUUUACUCACCACGUCGGGUCCUUCACACUGACACAUGAUAAAGCCACAAGAGAGCUACUUUGUAAGGACUGUUUCCUUGCUGCUGAGACUUUUCUUUCUGUCCUUCUCUCCUGUUGACCGCAACACGCCCUCACUGUUUUGUCUUGUUUACAAUAUAAGCUUGAUUUAGCAAAAAAUAACUAAAAGAGAAAAAAAAUCCAGAAAAAAAAAAAGAGGAAAAAGCGUAGGGGUGAGAAGAAGAAAUGUUAUUGGUUUUAUAUCAAGCUAUUAGAUAGAACUUUAACUUUUCAUUGUGUGCAUUUUUGUAAAUUGUACAGUAAAAAAAAAAAAAAAAAAAAAGAAAAAAAAUUACUCUUUAUGUAGAGAAUUAGUCCAAUUGUCAUUCCAGGUCCCACCGUUUCUACCGAAUGCUCCAGUUGUUCACUACUAAGUGCCUAACCUUUGAAAUCUUUCACAGCGACGAUGCAACCUCUUGCUUCGAUGCAUCAGACCCCGGGCGAGCGCGGGGAGGGGCAGGAGGGGAGGGAGGGCAGCGCCGGGAGGAGCCGCUCGUCCCGGAGACCCCGCGGUGCCCCCGAGGCCCCGCGUCGCAUCGCCGGCCAGCGCGUUCGAGCACCAGGUUGGAAGCUUACAGUGGGGAAGGCUUUGGGGUUGGUUUGGGUUUUGUUGGCUUUUUUUUUUUUUUUUUUCCUUUUAUAUACACUUUUAUUGGCGGGAGGGGCGUGGUUGCAGCAAACAAAACCGGCCUUUUCUCAUUGAUUAGUGUUUAGGUCCUGUGGGAGAGGUGCAGGUGGAAAAGUACAGCAUCUGCAGAGACGUUCUUGCAGGAGACGCAGCGUCUUUCACGCUGCGGGUCGAGUCGCAGUCGGGCUGCGAGAGCUCUGGCCACGUUCCACGGUGCAUAAAUUGUGUUGAGGGCAGUUGGAGAGAGUCUUGGUUUUAUUGCCUGUUAAGAGAAGGAUUUUUUUUUUAAAAAAAAAAAAAAAAAAAAGGAAAAAAAAAAGAAGCAAAACCUCUAACUCUGAUUCUCAGGGAUGAGAUUUCUGUGUUCUUGCAAUGAUUCUUGCGUUGGACGAUUUCUUUCUUUUGUGCACGUGUGGGUUUCUGCCCUUUGAGCCUGGGAAAGGGGCAAGCGCGAUGUGCCGGAGGGAGGGAGCGCUGAAGGGAAGCCCUGGGCAGGAGCUUGCGUCCGUGGGUCCGAGGAGCCCUUGUAGGGUUGAUUUGGGGCACAGGGCAGCCAGAGGACACGGAGUGCACUGGCAAAAGGUUAAAGGAGGAAGGGUGGGAGGCGCCAGGCAAGCGCAUCCCUAGAAUUGCCGAUAGGAAAGAGGGGAGGAUUGGACAGCUUGAUUUUUUCAGAGGAUCUGCCAAGCCCCAGAACUGUGAAAGUUCUCCAGGCAAAGCGGCCGCUUAGGACGGGUAGAGAUCCCGCUGGACCUUGGUGACUUGUUUUGUCGCUGGGGUGGUUGGAGGGUGUCGGUUGCUACCAAAACGCUCGGGAGGUGUCUCGUGCUCUCAGCAGAAGUCUUUCAGCCUCAGGCAGGGAGCAGUCUGCUGCAGGGUGGUUCUUCACGUCUCCUGUAGCUCUUCUGUUGAAGAAAUACAACCUGUUUUCGUUUCCUUCUGUGGUUUGUUUUUUUUUUUUUUUUGUUCCGUUACUAAACAAUAAUGUCUGGCCAAUCUCAUCCCUGGAUUCUGCUAAAGGAGAACUCCUGUCUCUCUCUCUGUCUCUGUGUUUAUGUGCACUUUGAAUAAAGGAAGUGCGGUAGCCGGAGGUCCGCCAUGGGUAACGGCUGUAAUUUGCAAACGGAGGGCUAUGCAACAAGAUGACACGUUCGGAAACACAUCCAAACCACCAACAGUCAGAAAGACCUUCAUCCAUUCUGUAGCUUUACCUGCUGGAUUCUCCUGUUUCAGGCUUCAGCAUGAUUGUGACCAAAUGUUUUAUACAUUUUCCUUAUAUGAAGGCACAAACACUUUAUUUGGAAUUUUAAAGAAAACGUUACUAUUUUACUCCAGGAAGUAAAGGAGUGGGGAAACACAAUCUCUCUGACAGUGCAUGCAAACAUUGUACCCACACUGGAAAGCGAAAGAGAUGUUUUUCUGUACUGAAUAAUUUUGUCUUUUUCUCCACUCCGCCUUUCCCCUUCCUCUACCAUUUUAGAUCCUCAAACCCACAGCCCCGCACUAACACACCAUCUGGAAGCGCACAGCCAAGCGAUGGCCUUGGGUCACCCCAAUUCUUAGGCAGAACACGAAGAAGAAUCUCAAGUUGCCUAAUCCUCCACCCGCCUCGUAGGGGUCGAUGACAGUGACAGACAAGCCUGACCACAAUUGUUCAUAACCCUUUUCCUACCUUUUUUUUACAGCCUCUCUGCUGUCUCUUCAAUGCAUACAUGAUAUUUCCAAGAAUCCUCAUAGUGAGUUGCCAAACUUGAAUUGCACCAAUCAGUUUUCUGCAUCCAGAACCAGUCUCGUAGUGGCUGUACUUUGAAUAAGUAAUGUUUGCAUGUAAAAUAUAUACAUAUAUACAUAUAUAUAAAAAGUAUGUGCAUGGAAAAUGUUUAUCUUCGUACUUUUUUGAUACAAUGUAUUCAUCAGUUGUUAAUUUUUAAUUAUAUUUGAUAUAAAUUGGGGGUUUGUUGCAAAACUUUAUAUUUAAAAAAACAGUGUUAAAAAUUAUAAAAGUUCCAACCAUGCAACACAAGCGGAACUUUACCCAAAAAAAAAAAAAAGGUGGGGGGGAAGCAAAAAGGAAAAAAAAAAGGUUCUGUGACUGCCUAGUUUGCUGCCUGAGUAAUAUUUAUCAGCCAAACUUUGAAUUCUGCAGUUGUUUCUACAAUUACAUUUUGUAUGAAGCAAAGUCCUUGAAUUAAAAUAAAAACUUAGCAAAAAA